UCGUCGCGGAAGCCUUUAAGAGAGAAAGAGCGAAAGAGAACGAAACCGACGAUUAUUCCGAAGGGAUGAUGCUCUCUUUCUCACAAUUUUCACUGAUUCAUUAUGAUGUACUGUAUCCAGCACAUCUUAUGACCUUCAAUAAAAUUAAAUUGAAUGCAAUGCUGCCGAAACGUUGGAAUAAUAAUUUUUCUUGGAAACGGUUUUACACCUAAAAGCCUCAAGUGAGAAAAUUGUAUAAUGCCAGGCCGUGAAAGCUUCAUCAAUUCUUCCUUAUUUCAUGAUCUAAAUGCCUUCAAUUGUAGGAAUUAAAAUUCAUUAUUGGUCAUUUACUAAUGACUAAUUGAAAUGCUUUUAAUAGAGAUGAUGAUGCGCUUUUUUUCUGAGCGGUCAUAGUCAAACGACACUCGAUAGUCGCACUUGAAAGAUAAAUAUUGCGCUAAAGUCAGAUUGUAUCAAGAAAUUUUAUAACAAGAAGAAACAUUCACCAUUAUAUGUAUAUUUGCAAUUGCAUAUAAACAAGCGCAAAGUUAAAAAUUAAUCCGUACUGCUCUCUGGAGAUGUCAGGAUACUCGCUUACGAUCGUUUACGAUUGCUCACGAUAGUCACGAUUCAAAACAUCGAAGUGCGCGCAUAUGAUUCGACAUGCAUGAAAAUAUGUGAAGAGAUGAGAAAAUUUAUUCAUCUUAGUCUAUUUUUUAUGUAUUCAAAUAUUUAAACAGUCGCAGUAUUUUUUACAACUUGUUAUCUACUUAAUGUUAUAUACAAAUUGUCUAUGAACAAAUAUCUAAGAACUUUAGUUAGACGUUGAGUCUAACCUUGAUCUCAUAGCAUCAACUGUCGUUUUCAUAUUAUAACUAGUUAUUGUUACAAACAAUACUUAAUCAAAUAAUGACAUCAAUUACCAUUGAAAGCUCUUCCUCUGAGGAUGAAGAUCGUAUUUAUCCAAAUCCUGUUGCGAGGUUGAAAGCCUUGAGACAGGAACGAUUAUUACCGCAAACUAAUAAUAAUAUAGGAGAUAAAGAAAUAAAGGAAACAAUAGAAAGAGCCCCUACAGAAACAAUAGAAACAAUAGAAUUAAUAGAAACACAGAAGGAUCAACAAGACAUUGCAGAGUUGAUCACUGGAGUAGCAAUGAGAACAUAUGCACUAAGAAGCCGAAAAAAAAUAUGGAGAAAUAAUUCACAAGAAUUAGAUUCAGAUGUAGAGAUCGUUUCUGCAGAAGACCCUCAACUGGAUUGUAGUUUAACACGUGAAAACAGUAUGAACAAAAGUUUUAAUGAAGAUGAAAAUUAUGAAAUGAGUAUUAAAGUUCUUUGGCGAUCGAAAUACGUCCAUUACAUAAGUAUCUGUAGAAAUGAAGAAUGCCGCAAAAUUUUCGAACAUUUUGCAACGAUAGAACGAGUACCAGCAGACGAUAUAAUAAUAACGAACAAGAGUAAAACUAUUAAGAAGAACGAUACUCCUGCGUCCAUCGGUUUGUCUAUCAUAGAUAUACUCGAAGGAGGCAUUGUUAAAAAAACUGGUACAGAUUCUCAGAACGGUGCUGAGGAGGAUAUAGAUGAAGAUACUUGUGUAAUAAAAAUACAAACAGGAGCCAAGAAAAAAUUAAAUAUUCGUGUAAAACGUGAUGAAACUUUCAAAAGUUUGUUAGAAAAAUGUUCCCAAGAAUUAGAAGUUGAAGAAUUGAAAAUUAAAUUAUACUUCGAUGGAGAACUGAUCAGCCCAACAGACACGCCUGACUCUUUGGAUAUUGAAGAUGAAGCAUGUUUCGAUAUACGAUUGCCCUCGCAGUAAAAGGUAGUCCAAAAAAUAUAUUAUUUAUUAAUAUAUGACGUACAUCAUACUCGUAAUAGACUAGUACUUUAUUUAAUUUUCUGAUUGUUCAUUGAUGAAAUAAUAUAAAAACAAAAUAGUGAGGAAAAAAUAUAAGCUUUACGUUUUACUACGUUUUAUUAGAAAGUAUUAUCAAUAAAUUAUUAGAUAAUUAUGUCA